UAUUGAAUUAACCAUUUCAGAAUAUUAGACUAAUAAACAAUGCCGGUCUGGUAUUAUGAUAAAAAGCAGGAGUUGAAGAAUUCUCCUUCUACACUAUCUGGUCUCUCAUAUGAGGAUGAAACUAGAUAUAGAAGAGAAGGAGCUAGAUUUAUUCAAGAGCUGGGUAAAGCGUUAGGAUUACGGCAUGACACUAUGGCGACAGCUGCAGUUUACUUUCACAGGUUUUACAUGUUUCACUCUUUCAUCGAGUUUCCAAGAUAUGUGACAGCUACCUGUGCCCUGUUCCUGGCCGGAAAGGCUGAGGAAACACCGAAGAAAGGUCGAGAUAUUAUAAAAACUGUGAAGGAACUUCUGAACCCUAAUCAAUUCAGCACUUUCGGACAGGAUCCAAGGGAGGAAGUGAUGACAUUAGAACGGGUUCUUUUACAAACAAUUAAAUUUGAUCUCCAGGUGGAUCAUCCUUACCCCUCAAUACUUAAAUAUGCAAAGUGCUUAAAGGGUGACCAAUCUAAACUGCAGAAAAUGGUUCAGAUGAGCUGGACCUUUGUGAAUGAUUCUUUAUGCACAACGCUAUGCUUACAGUGGGAACCAGAGGUUAUAGCAAUAGCACUGAUGUACCUGGCAGCUAAACUCAGCAAAUUUGAGGUUAGAGACUGGAACUCAAGGACAUCAGAUCAUAGGUACUGGUGGGAUCAAUACGUCAAGGAUGUGAGUCAAGAUAUUCUAGAGGACAUCUGCCAUCAGGUGCUAGAUCUGUAUUCCACACCUGCCACAUGUGCUCGUGAUGCUCCGCCUUCUCCGCCCCCUGGAACAAGAGUAUACCAACCUCCACCUCAACCCCGCCCAUCCACACGCUCCACACCUGCCGUGGCCAGUCCGGCUCUACCAGUUAAACCCCCGCAACCCAAACCCAACCCACCCAGUGGUCUCCCACCAUCCGCCGCACCGCCCGCAGUUCCGCCACAGUUCCAGUUAACUGCCUCACAAAUUGCCGGAUACCAGUCGUUUUAUCAGCAAUCCGGUGGAUUUGCAAUGCAGGGACAAUCCUAUGCAUCUGUUGCUGCUGCAUCUUAUACUGCCCCACCUCCAACUUCUUAUCCUCCGCCUGCAGCUGGUCCGCCUCCAAGUCGUCCGCCAGCUAACGGUCCUCCUCCUGAAUACAGAAACAAUCAUCCUCCAUCACGUUUACCUCCGGACACUCGCGGCCCUCCGCCGGACAAUCGAGCACCUCCGCUAAUAGAUGCCAGGGGUCCGCCGCCACUGGACCGAGGAUACCAUUCAGAAGCAAGGGUUCCGCCACAUGAUAUCCGUGGUCCGCCUCCAGAUCUAAGAGGCCCUCCGCCUGAGUUCCGUGGCGGGAAACCAGAGCCCAGGGGUGCUCAAAACGACUUCCGUAAUCAUGGGAGUCGGGACCCCGGGCUCAGGGGCGGGCCAACUACUCCUAUGGGAGACAAAUUCUUUAGAAACUCAGGAACACCAGUUAGAGACAAUAUGCCCAGACCCCCCUUGGGUAUGACCCCCUCUCCCCGACUCCCACAUAUGUCCUCUAAUCCCUUGGGAGGCGCCCCUCCUCGAGGCCCUCCAGGUCACAUUCCUUUCAGAGGUCGGGGUGGACCUCCUCCUAGCCGCCCGUCUCCCUACUCCCGGCCCCCUCGGCCCGGGGGCCAGUGGUCUAGAUGAUGAUUGAAUAUUAACAGUUUUCUUUACACAUAAAUCAUUUCAAUCCUCUUCCCAGAUUUGUUAAAUCCUGUUUUAACACAGAAAACAUAGUUUUGAAUACUUUUAUAUUUUUAGCUCUUCAUUUUCUUUUGAUGUUGUUCACAUUGUUCAAUAUCCUUGUUUAUUUUACUCCUAAUUGUUUAAUCUUUCAUAAAAUGACAAA